AUGAUUGACGACUUCCAACGGGACCAAAAUGACAAACUCGCGACACAUGUCAGCGAGGCUGAUGUGUACACCGAGCUGAACGGCAGGCAUAGAGAAAUGAUAGGAAGCCCACAUGCUGGAGUAGGAGGGAACAGCUCCGGGUCCGUAUGUGGGAAGAGCUCUGGGUCCUUUGAGUCUGAGCUUGGACGCGUAACGCGCGGGCUGGAAAUCGUCCAGCGUUGCGUAGGGCCUUCCAAGAACACCAUUCGUGGCAGUCUAAGAAGCUUUGGUCCUCAGCUGACUGCCCACCUACUUGUCACUGCAGUCAUUUCAAGUUUUGCUGCUAUUAAGUACUACAUCUACUACAUCUACUACAUCUACUACAUCUACUACAUCUACUACAUCUACUACAUCUACUACAUCUACUACAUCUACUACAUCUACUACAUCUACUACAUCUACUACAUCUACUACAUCUACUACAUCUACUACAUCUACUACAUCUACUACAUCUACUACAUCUACUACAUCUAUUGGAAGCAACUCCUCUAG